CUUGCUACACACGCGAAUCCUUGGAAGAGGCCUGGGAGGGCCGAAAGGACCAAAGACUAGGGAGUCCCCGGGACGUCGGUGGGAGGCUUGAGAGGCUUGUCUCCUGCCCGGCGUGACUUGAGGAGGAGGUUCAUUUCCUCUCUUUUUACGUGCCACGGAGUCUUUUUUUCUUCUGCCUGCAGUCGGAAGAAAUUAGAAGCAGGAGAACUUCAAUGCCAUUUCAAGAAGAUAAAUAGCUACUGCUCAAAUUCAUUUACUGCAAGUGGAAUUGCUGUUGGAGACAGACAUGGUGGAUGGCAUGACAAGGCAUCCUGAGAUGAAGCUAAACUGGAAACUAGACAGAACCUCAAGACCAGGCUCAGCAACGGUUCGGGUUACAGAUCUCGGUUGGCAAGGUCUGCUGAACCCCAGUCCAUCUGUUAAAGAAGGUGAAGAGCUACUUGUGGAUGAGUAUCUUUCUCCCAGUAAGCUGAAGGUAUUGACAGGGCUAGAUGAUCUGCGGCAAGUGAAGGCCCUUGAGAUGCGUGUAAACACCAGAGAGAACAGCCUGGGAAAUUUUGGUUCUUAUCUCCCUAAUCUAAAACAACUAAAACUGAAUGGUAGUGUGCUUACAUCUGUGAGGGACCUUGGAACAGCACUGCCUCAUCUUCAAGUUCUAUGGAUGGCUCGCUGUGGGCUUCCAGAUUUAGAUGGGAUCUCUUCCUGUUGCUCUCUGAAGGAACUCUACAUAGCCUACAACAAUAUUGGUGAUCUAAGUCAGAUUAGCCUGCUGGAGCACCUCGAGAUUCUAGACCUAGAAGGAAACAACAUUGAAGAUCUUAGUCAGAUUCAAUAUCUGGGGCUCUGUACUAAGCUGACUACUCUUACAAUAGAGGGAAAUCUUAUUUGCUUGAAGCCAAGGCCACAAUCUUCAGAGGACCCAGAUUACAAUUACAGAGCUGAAGUGAAAAAACUCAUCCCUCAUUUAAAAUGUUUGGAUGAAAUACCAGCAAAUCAAACUGUUAUUCCUUCCCCAUGCAAAAUGAAUAAGGACUGGCUUAUUGUCAAAGAAUCAAUCAAAGAAGGAGGUUUAAUUGAGGAGGCUUCGGGUUCAGAUUCUCAGUUAGGACUCCUAACGAGAAGACUGGGCUCUGCUCUACGGCCUGUGACAACUCACUUUUUGCUAGGUUCCAGACCUCAGGCUGUCCAGAGAUCUCCUAGUGCCCAUUUGCUUUCUGGUUGUAGCACUCUCCUGGAAUCCACCAUCUGUGAUGAGAUACUGCCUGAAGAUGAUUCAAGUGACUUGACCCAUGGUGUCAGCAGAGUUAUAUGUGGGAACCCCAUCAAAGCUCUUCAUGCACGAAGACAAAAAUUAAGUUCUGCAGUAACCAACCUGUUCCAGCCACUGUGUCAUCUGGCAGAGCAUACUUAUGACUUCGAAGAAACUGGCAAUGUAAAUGGGAAAGACAUCUUUGCUGAGCUGAAAAUCUUGCAAGAGCAUCAUUACCAGCACUUGCAAGCUCUCCAAAGGGAGAAAUCUCCCCAGCUGCUGAAAAUAACACACAGUGAUGAGGAGGGGGAAGAGGAGGAAGAAGGCUGCAGCCUGAGUGACAGCUGUGAAGAAGAUCUCCAAGAAGCCAUUCAGGAGGACAUCACACAGAUUACUUCAUCAGAAGCUUCCUGUUGUCCCCAUCUUUCUCAGGUGUCAUCAGAUUCAUCACAUAUCCUUGCAAAUGCAUUACCAAGCAUUGUAAAGCGCACUCUCCAACCCUCUCCUCCAAAAUGUCCUUCACCUGCAUCCAUAGGUGUGACAGCUGGACUUGUGAGAGCUCGACACCUGAAAAUACCCAACUCAAAAAAAGCAGCUCUGCUAAAGCUACAGUCUCCAUUAGUUGUGAACAGGGAUGCAGUGCAGCAUAUGGUUGAAAGGACUGCUGUUCUGAACCUUCACAGAAAACCAGAGGCAUCAUCUAAUGCAGCAGUCUUCACACAGAGGCAAAGGACUAGUGGCAGCAAACAGAUCAGAAGACCCAUUUCAGGACCAGCAGCAUUUGGACCAACAAGCAGCAGAGCCACUGUGGAUAGAAGCCUCCAUAAGACAAUCAACAGCCAUCAACCUAUCACUCACUCAUGCACAAAUUUGCCAGAGAGGUUUGCAAUGCUGAACAUGGUCCAUUCUCCGACUGCCAAAGCUGCCCUGCAAAGCUUGCCAAAAAGGCCGGAUAUCUCAAUGAUUGCUCAAAGCAAGACUCCCCAGUUGUAGGAAGUGCCCUGAGCAGCUGUGCAUGUCUUGUUGCCAGUUCUCGGAAGCGCUCAGCUGUACUUGAUUUCCCAUCUUCCCCUGAGCAACACAGUCAGCUUCUCUGAUUCAGCAGCCUGAUUCAUCUCUGAGGGUAACAGUGCCCCUACGCAAGUGGAGCAAUUGAAAGGAGCACCUUGAUUUCUCUCCAAUUAAACUGCUGCUGUGAAGAGAGAAUCAGCAAUUCCCCCAGCAGCCUUUCUCUUUAGCAGACUUUGAAAGGAAAGGAGAAGGGGCUUGUGCCACAAUAGUUCCUUCAGAUGACUACAUCACUGAUGUUUAGAACAGCUGUUUGAGUGGUCUCAGGAGCUAGGGUGAUUUCCUUGACUCAGCCAGUGGGAGGACGACUCAGUGAGUCCCUCAGGUAACCAGCUGCAGCUCCAAGUGUCGGCCUUCUCUCAUAGUGAUUAAGAGGCUGGGAACAGAGGCGGCUUCCCCUGGCUUAGUCUGAAAGAUACUUUUUUCAUGUUUCUUGAGUAGCAAACUCACUGGUUGCAGGUACUAAUUUCUACUUCAACUAACAUGUAAACUAUCCAUCUUGCUUGAAGUUACCACUUUUGCAUGAAAUUACGAAAUAGCCCAAAAGUGUAGGACAAUUGGACCAAGUCAUUUUAAUUUAUUUGUGCUUGGAAGAAAUAUAUGUGGCAUAGCAUCCAGAUACUGUGUUUUCUUCAAGUCAGGUGACCAGUAUAUACCCACAUCUUUAUGUCAGAUGUGGGUGGUUCCUAACAAUUCCUCAUUUACCUCAACCUUUACAUGUCUUUUUACAACAAAUGUACUUUCAGUUAAAAUUUCCCUAAGUUUAUGUAGAUCGUUUUUAGAUUGAAAUAGAAAAUCCAUCGGUCACAAGCUUCAGCAUUUGGAUACGAUGUGAAAUGC